AUCACAUGAAGCAAACAAUAUACCGAACACAGGAAUUCGUUUAAACGUGGAGGCGUUUUAUUGACCCGGAAGUAGUUCAACCAGGCAUGGGCUCUACAGGAGACAACGUGUUUUUUCGUUGCUGAACUUCGCUCUGCUUUUUUACCUGAAUGAGUACUACCCAUUUGCUAUUUUGGGGGUUAUGCAUAUAUUUUACUGGAAUGCUGAAGUAUUAUCAUGGGUAAGAAUAAAAAUAAAAAGUUUAAGUCGAAGAAACCUCAACCUACUGGACUUUCCAGCGUGAAAGAUGCCGAGGAAGAGGCAGCCGAGUUGACCCCUCCUCCGUCAUUUCUACAAACUCAAAUAUCAUCGUUGUUAGACAAGAUACUAAGUUCUGAAGAAGAAGACAGAGCUUGUGGCUGUUCCAGUUUGGCCAUUUUGGUAUUCAAUGUUGAUGCCAUACCAUUAUUACUGAAAAAUGACAUUGUUAAAUGUGUGGGACCGUUACUGAUUGACAAAAGUCUGGCAGUGAGAGAAGGUGCUGCAGGAGCACUCAGGAAUUUAAGUGUAAGUGGAGGUUAUGAAGUAUGUGACAAAAUGAUAGAAGAUGACGUUCUGACAUCACUAGUGGUUUUACUUAAACAGUGUCUUGAAGAUGUCCAAACAAUAUCAAAUAAAAAAAACAAGAAAGAUGAUGCUCUUAUUGGAAUAAUGGUUCAAGGAAUGCAUUUACUUUGGAAUCUUUGUGAAAGCUCCUCUGUAGCUGUGAAUAUAUUCAAUAAAGAGAACCUAUUGCCUACAUUAAUGCAGUGCCUUUGUAAUCGUGAACUUUAUGGCACUGAGCUGACUAUCCCGACAGCUCAGUGUCUUCAUAUAGUGACAGAGAAUAACAUGCCAGCAUCCCAGCAACUAACCACUACGGAUAUGUUGUCUUUAUUGGAGUCUACCCUGAUGUCACCAGGAAUUACUUACCAAAAUACCUUAUUGAAAACACUUAUUUUAUGCACAUUUAUUUUCUUUUGUUCAUUUGCAGGAACAAUAUUUAAUAUAAAAAAUAAUCUUCCCGCUGGAAGCCAGAGUCAGACAAUGCAGGCCAUUGUAAAAAUAUUAUCAGACACAUUAGAUUUGAAUAGUAUAGAAAUAGUUCAUACAGUUAUUAUGAAUCUUGGUUCUGCAAAUGGAGUAAGUUGCUCUGAAUCACAAGGAGAAGAAACGGCACAUGCUGCCAUGGCAGCUAAUGAUGAGGAUGCUGAUAUAAAAGAAAGCAAGACUGAAGACAGUAUUAAUGAUGUGAAAUGUCUACUGACUGCCCAGCAAGUAGCGUUAGAGAUCACCUCUAAUGUGUGCGUUUCUGAUGAUGAGGAAGAUGAAGAAUGGGAGGAUAUGAAUGCAACUAGUAGUAGUAGUAGUAGUAGCGAUGAUCAAACUGAACAUGUGAUGGACAAUGAUAACAUUGCUAUUGUGUCACCGUUAUGUUUAUCUGCUGAAAUUCACUCUGCUUUGAUAGCACAAAAUAUACCUAAGAAGGUAUUAGAGAAGACAUCCCCUGGUGAUAGGAGUACAUUACAAACCAUUGCAAGUCAUCCAAAAGGACAACUACUAAUGAAAGGACUUCAGACUAUACAAAAUAGAGCCUUGACAUGCCUUCAGAAUAUGAUAUCAGUUAUGGACACACAAGCAUUAGGUGGUGGAGAAGCAUUGUCCAAAUUAUGGACUAUGUUAUUACCAUUAGCAUUUGAUAAAACAGGUCCAACUUCCAAUGAAUAUGUAGAAGCUUUCACUAGUGCUAUGAGAUCACUUUUACAGAAAAUGGCCGCCAAUAAUCAGCUUCCAGAGGUAAAUUUGUUAUGUUUUAAAUUAUUCAUUUUCACUACUGAGCUUGGAACUGAACAUAUAUGUAAUGAAUUAUAG